UACAUUCUAGUUAUUUAUUAAAUGCAUUUAUAUUUUCUUGUAUAAUAGUAAUAAGUGAGAUAUGGAAACAUGUAGGCUGUGCAUGAUGCAAGGGAGCCAAGAUAUGAUAAUAUCAAUUUUCGGCGAAGAAAACCUAUGCUCAAGGAUAUUGGCCUGUGUGCCUGUUCAGGUUGGGAGCAGUGGUAUUUCCUUAGUUUUCACUGAUGAUGUGCUUCCGAAGUCAAUAUGCAUCUCAUGCCUGAACCGUGUCACACAGUGGGAAGUGUUCAAGGAUAGUUGCAUCAAAUCACAGGGAAUUUUAUCAAGGGCAUAUCAGCAGCAGAAACCGGAGGAGCCACAGAAAUUUGACAUAUUAAUUGACAAACAGUUUAGGGAAACAGAUGAGUGUUGCAAUGAGGAUGAGUUGAUUGAUAGUAACAGUCAAGUUUAUGUAUGUGAAAUAUGCAAUGAAGUGUUUGAUGUAUGUUUUGAAUACUUGGAUCACCAGACUUCUCAUGAUGGCAGUGAUGUAUUCAAGUGCAACAAAUGUCCAAUGGUAUUUACCAGUAGAGUGGAUUUGGUGCAACAUGACAGAAAACAUAUGAGUCCUUGUCCAGAGUGUGGAAAGAUGAUCUUGAAGAGCAGUUUGAAAUUGCAUCUGAUCAAGCAUACAAAUAAGCACAGGUGCAAUUUGUGCUUGCGGCAAUUCAAUUCGCAAUCGGGUUUAGAUGAGCAUGUAUUGAUGGUGCAUUCAGAUAUUAGGGAUCAAAUCUGCGAAACUUGCGGAAAGGGUUUCUCCACGCGGACAGCGCUAAGGGUACACAUGAAGUCUCAUUCAGAGGAGAGAUUAUAUCCAUGCGAGAAAUGCUCCUAUGCCGCACGCACUGCUUCCGCCUUGUACAUACACAAGUCUACUCAUGAAGCGGAUCAGUGCGUAUGUGAUGUAUGUUCGAAGACGUUCAAGAGUGCAAGAAACCUUCGAGAUCAUCUCCAGAGGGCCCACACGACGGAUAAGAAGCAUAAAUGUCCGCAUUGUGAUGCACGCUUUUUGCAAAAGUAUAAGCUUAAUAUUCACGUGAGGACGCACACGGGCGUACGACCUUACAAGUGUCCCGAAUGCGAGAAAACUUUCAACAGAUCAGAUGGCCUGAAAGAGCACUUACUCGUCCACAGUAAAAGGGUAUCCUUCGAUUGCGCUGAAUGCGGGAAACGAUUUGCAUCACAACGUAGCGUUUCUAGACAUGUAUGUUGAAUUUUAAUUAAAGAAAAUUUAUAAAACCAUCUACAUUCUUGUAGUAAAUAUCAAUACAAAGUCGUUCACAUUAGUCUAAAUUAUAUCGUUCAAAAUUGAAGAAAUAGGACCAUAAUUAAAUAAAAAAGUUACACCUGCGAUGUCUACAAG